UCUCUCGCGCGCGCUCGCUCUCUCACAGGCAGGCGCGAGCGAGGGAGCCUUAACCACGCCCACUCCCCCUCUCUCCCUCUCUUUCUCUCUACCUGUGUGUGUGUGGUUUGCCCCGCCCCCUUCUCUCCCCCCCCGCCUUUCUGCUCCGCGUUCGACCUUCGCCUGUUUCCUAUCUCGGAGGGAGCGCGAGAGCCUUGCCCUCCUUUCCCUCCCUUCCAGCGCCGCCUCCUCCUCCUCUCUCAAGAUUAGCCAAUCAGUGGAAGCAAACCGGCCCAUGCCGCGCGCCUGGCCGAUCAAUCAACCCAGCCGGCCUAUGCGACGCGCGACUCCCUCACUCUUUCCCCGCCCCGGGCUUGCCAAUCACAACGGCACGCCGGACUGCCAAUACGCGCGCGGGUUUAGUCGGCCUGCUUUCUGGAGGAAGUGUGUCCCUUCAGGGCACUCGUACGUUAGGGAGCUGAGUCUCGAGCCUUCGCGCAGGCGUAUAUGUGCGGUGAGAGAUAUAUAAACAUGGCGGCGCCCGUGGAGGGAAAAAGUCUAUAACGUGUUGAGGUGAGGUGGGUUCAUUUCUGAGGUUCUCUCGUCUGUGGUGAUAAAGUUGCCAGCUGCGUACUCUUCUGGGGAGAUCGGCUUCUCUCCCCACCCCCGGUUUCCUUAAUUUUUUCCAAUUUCUCUAAUCUGGAGUCGCUUCUCUUCACGUUUAUUUACAAGGCUGUUAUCCCGCUUCAUAGCCCAGGGAGGGUUCCAAAACGGAGUGUUCUUUUGCUGUUAUUUAAUUAUUGCAUUUAUAUCCCACCUUUUCCUCAAAAGAGCUCAAGGUAGUGUUUACAGUUCCUCUUCACACUUCAUCCCCAUAACAAACCUGUGAGGUAGGUAAGGCUGGGAGGCAAUGACUGGCCCAAGGUCACUCAGGGAGCUUUAAGACUGAGCUGAGGAGGAGGGGAUUUUAACUGGUCGUCUAGGUCCCAGUCCAGCACUUCAACUACUCCAUCACACUGAGUCUCAUUCAUUUCACAAUAUACAAUAAUAUAACAACCAAAACUGGUUUAGGUAGGUAGCCAUGUUGGUCUGAUGCAGUGGGAAAAAAUUAAAAAAUGUCCAGUAGCACCUUAGAAACCAACUAAGUUUGUUCUGGGUAUAAGCUUUUGUGUGCAUGCACGUUUGUGGUGUAUCUGAAGAAGUGUACAUGCACACGAAAGCUUAUACCCAGAACAAACUUAGUUGAUCUCUAAGGUGCUACUGGACAUUUUCAAAUGUUUUUAAUUUAUUUUAACGAAACUGGUUUAGUGUAUUGUAUCUGAGUAAACCUGCUGAAAUUAAUGGGCAUGGCUAUCAUAGGUCCAUCAAUUUUUGAUGGGCCUUUUCCAAGUAUAACUUAGUUUUAUUCAACCCAAUGUCUAAUAUUGGGAAUAAAUAUGGAUUGGUGGUCUUACGUUGCCACCAUCGUUCAGGUAGCAUUUACCCCUCUGCUUCCUUUUUGGUGCUGCUCUCUGGCUUCUGCCUACUAGGAAGCAGAGCCCAUUAGGGGUUCUCUGAAGAAGGGAGUUGGGCUGGAACUAGUGGAGUCCCUAAGGUGGUUGGAUGGUGUUUGUGGUUGGAUGGUAAUGGUGUUUUGCAUGCCGCAUUCCUGAAACUCCUGCAGCCAAGCUGGUGCCAAAAGACCACAUCAGCGAAGCCGAGUGAGGGGUCUUGUUGUCUGAGCAAUCCAGGAACUCCAUACACACUAUUCAGGCUUGCACCCUGGAGAACUCACUUACAAUUUAUAAGCUCAGCCUGAUCGGUGUAAAAUACAAACACUACAGGUUGCCUUUGACAGUGCAAGAAUCAUAGAAUCAUAGAGUUGGAAGAGACCACAAGGGCCAUCGAGUCCAACCCCCUGCCAAGCAGGAAACACCAUCAGAUCACUCAUUGUGACCCACUAGUCAGCAACUGCCUGCCUUAAGCUGGGCAACCACCAGUCAAUAAAGUGCUGACCUGCCACUGUCUGCCUGCCUCAAUGGGUGCUUGGAGCUCAGAGUAUCAUUCAACAAGCAGACUGAACUUCUGCACCAGGCAAAAAAGAAAAUAAACAAAUCCUCUUGCACCUAGCAAGGUGGGACAUCAGGACCAUAUGUCCUGGCUUAUCCACCAACCUGUUGCAGGUCAAUGACUCACAGAAGAUGGCCACCAUUGACUGUGAGCUGAAAACACUCAACAAUGGCAUUGCCACUCUAUAGAAGACCAGACUAGCUUCAAAUGGCUGCCUCCAAAAGAAGAACUACACCUUUUUCUGGAAAGGAGGGCAUUCAGAAGAACCAUGUAUUCAUGCGUAGGCUUUACAAUGAGGAACACCCUUCUGCCUGUGAUAGAACUGCCAACCAAGGGCUCAGAACACUUGUUUUACCUCUGACUCUCAUCCACAGUUAACACAGACUUUUCCAAACUGUGUUGCGACACGUUAGUGUGUUGGCUGCAGUGUGUAGGUGUGUCGUGCAAAUGCUCCCCGCCCUCCACCGGGGGCUGCAAAUGUGUUAGUUUAACCUACGGUUUGCUAGUAAAACUUAAUUACUGUGUCACGAAAUGAUGCAUGUCCAAAAAGUGUGUCACCACCAUGAAAAGUAUGGCAAGCUCUGUAACAUCUUGAGCAUCUAUGCUCCCACUAUGUCCUCUAUAGGCCUGUGAUGGGGGCAAGUCUUCCCUUGCUGACAGUUAACAGUUGCCAGGCAACAGUUCCCACUGAAGUCCUCUGAGGCAAGGGAGCAGGACUGAGAAGCUUUUUCCUUCUUCUCCUGCUUAGCACAUAAUUUCCUUUCUUUCUUCAUGCACAUCCAAACAAAGAAGCCCUUGAGACUCCCUGUGGGUGACCUUAGGCUAGUUGCUCUCUCGUGGACCAACCUACCUCCGUGAGGUUGUUGUGAUGGGGAGAGUGGGUGGGUUCCCUAGACCAGAUGGAUGGGAGGUUACCUGUUUCUAGACUGUAAACCACCCUGUCAUCCUUGGAUGAAAUUUAAUAAACAAGCAAACAUGGAGACCUACAGAUUCUCCAUCACUUGGCUAACCUCUGAGUUUCAUCAGGAAGCAUUACGUGCCGCUGCCCUACUAAAUGCUGGGAUUAUUAAAGUCGAUACCUGUAGCUUCUCAAAAACCAAUUGAUUUGUAGGAUAAAAUGUCCAUAAGCAUGAACCCACUUUACAAAGUCAAACUGCGAGGAAUUAAGCUUCAUACCAUUCCUGUUCAAAGUGACAAACCUGUAUUGUUUUCCUGUAUUGGUUGGGGAGUAUGUGUGCUGCAUAUGGUCAAAUAUACUUUUGGGAAAUCUGACCUUGUGUCCAACUAAUUAUUUUUGUUGUUGUUUUCCAACACAGGAAGAGUCCUGAAGAGAAAGCUAUACCAAAGCAAUCAUAACCCAUAUCCUCCAUUUACAGAUAGAGUCAAUGAAAACUUUUUCAGACUCUGCUGCUCAUUGGAAGGUUGGUAUUGAAGCUAUCCAUUACAAUUUGGCUUAUCUCAGAAGCAAAUUCUGAUAUCCUGUGUUAGUUGCACAUAGAGUAGACCCAUUUAAACCAAUGGACUUGCCUGUUGAUUAAUUUCAUUGGGUCUGCUUGCAAGUAUGACUUGGGUAUCUCCAAAAAUGCUUUGGGUUACUUCUUGCUCACUUUGUGGGCUACUAACUAACAAACUAAAAACUCCAUCUACACCAAGAAGCUUGUGGGACGUAUAAUUAACUAAUGGAACACAUUGCAUGAGAUGUGGUGAUGGCUGCUAGCUUUAAAAAAUAAUAAUGAAAUAACAUCUCAAGCAAUUCAGUCCUACACAAGUUCAAUUAAGUUCAAUGGGAAUUAUCCCCUAAGAAGAUUUAAGGUUUUCUUUUUUUACAAUCAAGCGGUAUGUAAAUUUUAUGAAAUAAAUUAUUGUAUACGAAGAAGAUUUCCAUUUCCAUAUUUUUACAGUGGUGCCUCGCAAGACGAAAUUAAUUCGUUCCGCGAGUUUUUUCGUCUAGCGAAUUUUUCGUCUUGCGAAGCACGAAAUCCCAUAGGAAUGCAUUGAAAUUUAAUUAAUGCGUUCCUAUGGUCAAAAAAAGUCCAAACAAAGCCAAAUUUGGUACAACAAGAGUUUAUUAAGUGCUCUUUAAAGUCACACAUACUGUAAAGAGCAUUUCAAAAAUUGAAGGAACAAUAAAUUAAGUUUCUAAACAUGACAGAAAAACAUUUAAAAAUCAACAAAGUGUACAGUACAUUUUCCAAGACUCUGGGGGACAACUCGAAGAAGGUUCCUCUUCCACUCUUUGCUUCUUGCUGAAGAACCCCCUCCUCAACUGUUCCCCCAGCCACCCACCACACAGAAAUUCAAACCCAGAAUUUUUUUUUUUUAAAAAACAACAUGGCCCAAUGGUCACAGAAAAUCAUAAAAAUUCAGAAAAAAACCACACAAGCUUCCAGAUUCUUGCAAACCCCUCCUCAACUGUUCCCCCAGCCACCCACCACACAGAAAUUCAAACCCAGAAAUUUAAAAAAAAAUAAAAAAUGGCCCAAUGGUCACAGAAAAUCAUAAAAAUUCAGAAAAAAACCACACAAGCUCCCAGAUUCUUGCAAACCCCUCCUCAACUGUUCCCCCAGCCACCCACCACACAGAAAUUCAAACCCAGAAUUUUUUUAAAAAAACAGCAGAGUGGCCCAAUGGUCACAAAAAAUCAUAAAAAUGCAGAAAAAAACCACACAAGCUUCCAGAUUCUUGCAAACCCCUCCCCAACACCAAGUCCUUGAAUUCCAAACAUCCAACCCAAAAUCCAAAACCCCCCAAAAAUGUUUUAAAAGUUUAACUUACCAAAUGGCUGCAAAAGAAGUUUUGGAAAAGCUUCAAAAAUCAGCAAAGUCUUCAAAAACCUCAAAAAAGGCUACCACACCGCGUGCUAUGAGUUGCUCCUCGAAGUCAAGUCGCAACUGCACCUCUUCAAGCAAUGCACCUUGGGUUUUAAAGGUUUUACGAAAAAGGAAACAAACUUGCAAGACGUUUUCGUCUUGAAAAGCAAACCCAUAGGGAAAUUCGUCUUGCGAAGCAGCUCAAAAACUGCAAAACCCUUUUGUCUAGCGAGUUUUUCGUCUUGCGAGGCAUUCGUCUUGCAGGGCACCACUGUACUGAGAAUGCCUUAUUUAUUCAGUUUUAUGUUUCUGCAAUGACCUCAAGAAUUCUUGGUUAGGAUGCAUUCACCUUGCUAUUUGUUUUUUCUUGCCUGGAAGACAAAAAUUUGUAUUCUCUAAAACAGGAAUGUGGAACCUGUGGCCCUCCAGUUGUUGUUGGACUUCCAUUCCCAUCUCUAACCCUUGGCCCUGCUGGCUAGCACUGAUGGCAGCUGGAGUCCAAAGGAGAUCAAAAGGAGAUCCAAAGGACCACAGACUCCUCAUCCCUGCCCUAAAAGGAUGUGGAAUAGUUACUAAACUAACACCAGGUAGAACAACAAAGAAUAUUGCAGGCUGACAUUCAGACUUUUAAAAUACUACAACUCCCAUCAGCCCCAGCCAGCAUGGACAGUGGUCAGGGCACCACAUUGGUUUGCCAUUGCCUGCCUUCUAUUGGAAAGAAAAAUAGGCCUUUGGUCCAAUUGCAAGGCAAUUAUGUGCUCUUAAUGGAUGUUCUUAGAGAUCUACCUUGAAUUUUCAGAAAGUUAAGAUGCAAGUGCUUUAAGAAAUGCAUAACAGCUUUCUGUUCCGAAUAAGCUCUGCUGUUUUUCACUGCCAGGGGCAAUAAUGCUGAGGAAUCUGAGGAGACUCGUUUGUCGGGGAUACAAGGUGAGCCCACCCACACAUCCCCUUCUGUCAGGGCAGCACAAAUGUAGCUCCUGGGAUAUAUAUCUAGCUGGAACUGAACCAAAUUUCUGCAGUUCUUUUAGCCUUUCUUUCCUCCCAUCUGGAAAAACAGGAAAUCUCACUUUCCUGACCUAAUGCGUUUCUGCACAAUUCAAAUAGCUAAUAGAAGACUGGAGAUUCUGUGGAAACAGCUCCACCUUAUGGGCUUUGGCAGCCUCAGUUUCACCCUAUGGCUGCUUAGGUGUGGGGGUUGCCUUUGGAAGGCUCUCAGCCUUUGCUGGCGGUGGAUCUUGGGCAAGGGCUGCUUCUCCUCCCAUGUGUGGCAUGACUUCCUAGCUCGUAUUUGGUGAGUCUUAGCUGAGGUUGCUAUUCAUUAUGCCUUAGCUACAUUGUUCACCUGCAGGGUUUCCUGGUCUCCAUGGAAAAGGUCCCAGCUUCAGUUCCUGACAUCUCUCAGUUUAAUAAGAGUCCUUCACCAAAGGUUUCUGAGUAAGUCAGGGACUAUGAGGAGAAAGCCCUCCUUAAUCUUAUUUAUAUACCACCUGUAUAUCAUGUUGAGCUGCCCCACCCGCAGGCCAUUUUGGCCAGUGGGCAGACAUGCCUGGUUGUUAAUCCCCUCAAAUCAGGUAACCCAACUUCAAAGGAAAGAAUCAGGAGUGCGUUCUAAAGUUCCAAUCAGGAACUCCUGAGCGCACCCAAUCUCUGCACCGCUUGCUGUCACCACCAAUCGGCUGAUAGAUGCUUAAACAAGGAAUAAAUCAGAACCUAAAAAACCCCACACACAUCUAUACAAAUAAAAGACAGGUCCAGCAGAUCCCGCCACAACAAAAGUGGCCUCAAAUACUCUUCAGAUUAAGAAGCCACUCUCUUGGAGGCUGUCAUCCUCUGCCGGAGGAGACUACAAUGUUUUGCCAUAUAUACGGUGCUCUUUCUUUCCCUAGCUGGAACAUGACUGCUUUUUACAAGCCGGAGCCAGGAACUGGCAAAGCACUGCUGCUAUCCAGGAUCCCCACUUUGCACCAGAAAAGCCCAGAGCAAUCUUCCGCACCAGCGAGAAUGACCCGGUAAGUUGUUGUCGGGAAGGUGGUAGAAAUAUGAGAGUUGUAAGCAGCUGUCUUAAGGUGGCUGCAGACAGAAUGAGAGUAGUGGUGGUCUUGGUGAUGCAUGUGAACUUGGUGAGAGAGGCAGGACCAUACUGCUUGAAGGAUCAAGUACAACCUGGGGAAGGGUUGUAGCUCAGUGGUAGAGCAUCUGCUUUGCAUGCAGAAGGUGCCACGUUCAAUUCCCAGCAUCUCCAGGCAGGCCUGGGAAUUAUCCCCUGUCUGAAACCUUGGAAAGCUACUGCCAAUCAGUGUAGACAUUGCUGAGCUACAUAGACCAAUGGUCUGACUCAGUAUGUUGCUUUGUGCUUCUAGCCCAGCCUUGUGUUUAACAACUUGCCUGGUGGCUGCAGGUGACAAGGAACUCUAUGCUGGUGGGUGAGUGGCAGAGAAGCAACAGAACUUUGCAUCUUUCUUCGCACCCGCUUCAUAGAAUGCUUUUAUUUUUUAGCUUACUCAAGACCCUCCUCUGCAGUGAGCCUAGAAAUGCAGGCUACUCGCCUUUUAGCAGACUAGUAAAAUGCUUUUGUAAGGGACGCGGGUGGCGCCGUGGGUUAAACCACAGAGCCUAGGACUUGCCGAUCAGAAGGUUGGCGGUUCGAAUCCCCGUGACGGGGUAAGCUCCCGUUGCUCGGUCCCUGCUCCUGCCAACUUAGCAGUUCGAAAGCACCUCAAAGUGCAAGUAGAUAAAUAGGUACCGUUCCAGCGGGAAGGUAAACGGCGUUUCCGUGCACUGCUCUGGUUUGCCAGAAGCAGCUUAGUCAUGCUGGCCACAUGACCCGGAAGCUGUACGCCGGCUCCCUCAGCCAAUAAAGCGAGAUGAGCCCCGCAACCCCAGAGUCGGUCACGACUGGACCUAAUGGUCAGGGGUCCCCUUACCUUUACCUUUAAAAUGCUUUUGUACUCUGGUAAAUUCAGAACAAAGGAAGCUGUCUUAUAGUAAAUCAGACCAUUCGGCUCUCUAGCUCAGUGUUGUUUACACUGACUGGCAACAGAGCAUCUUCUUUGGAUUGGAGAAAGUCCCAGGUUCAGUCCCUGGCAUCUCUGGUCCAUCUAUUAUUCUUUGAUUUAUUUAACAGAUUUAUAAAUCAUGGGCAGAGGCCAUUUAAGUGGAGUACAAGAUGAAAGUAGGAUAAAACUCACAGCCCCAAAUCAUUCAUCUAAAACUCUGAAAACCCAGGAAAUCCAUAUCUACAAAUUUGUGAUCAAUGUUCCAUAAGUGACUAGGCCAUGCAUCAAGGGAAGCCGCCUUGAAUAAAAAUAUAUCUUCAGUAGACGCCUAAGCAUCAUGACAUUAGACACCUGUCUGAUUUUGCUUUGGUCAGUUAUUCCAGAGGGCUGGGCCUGCAGCACUAAAAGGCCAGAUUCCAGUGCAAGUUAAGCACAUUCCUGGGGCCCAUGGCAGUGCUAAAUCCAAGAGGAGCACAGUUGCUGGGCAGGGAUGGUUAAAUGGCUAAUGAGAAAGACCCUUCUCUGCUUGACUUCAUGGAGAGCCACUGGUGAUCUAAGCAGAUGUUCAUAUAUGUUCAUUAGAUAUUCAUAAAGAAAGACAGUGACGUUGGGGGCGCUGCUCAGCACUUCCCCAGCCUUGAAACUCUUGGGAUUUCAGAACCUCGGCCCUCCAGAUGUUUUUGGCCUACAACUCCCAUGAUCCCUAGCUAGUAGGACCAGUGGUCAGGGAUGCUGGGAACUGUAUUCUGAAAAAACAUCUGGAGGGCUGAGUUUGGGGAAGUCUGUUCUAGAGCAGGGAAGGGGAGCCUGUCAGGACUUCCAGAUGUUGUUGGACUACAGCUCCCAUCAUUCCCAGCCGUUCUCCAUGCUGGAUGGGACUGAUGGGAGUUGGAGUCAAAGGGCAUCCUGAGGGCUGCAGACUCUCCAUUCCUGUGCUAGAGCUCACCCUGCAUGUUGUUAUUGCAAUAAUAAUGAACUCCAGUUUUAAUUACUAUGUAAUGUAUCAUUUGCUGUGAAAUAAUGUUUGCCUAGGAUUGAAAGGAUUCCCAUUUGUUAACCAUCAUUGUCAACCGAUCGAUUGACUGCAUAUAAUUCUGCUUUGCAAGUCUUCUUAUAAGGCAACUUUGAAUGUCAGCUAAGAAUCCCCACCUGAUUGAUCAGUGUUGGGCACAAAUAUGAUACCUCUCUAUACAAGACACCCCUUUAUAUGCUGAAGCCGCACCUCUUCACCCUAGCCUUUGACAACUUAUAUGUACAUAUUUAACACCUGCCCUAAUUUUCUGAUGUAAAUCGUUUUAACUGAUUUUUAAGAUAGUAUUUUUGCAUUGCUGUAACCCACCCUGGGAAGGGUGCAUAAGCAAGCUGUUGUUACUCUUCUUCCCUGUGACUUUUAGGUGAAGAGUGGGUAAAAAAGCUAUUAUUAUUAUUAUUAUUAUUCCCUGGGGCCAUGUGUCGAAGGGUGCAUAAGAAAGCUAAUCAUCAUCAGCGUUCGAUAGCAGACAUAGCUGUGCUAGCAUUGCAGCUGCUAAGCUGUACUGUUGGGUUUUGUUUUUUAAUGCAGAUGAAAAGGAAUGGUGGGCUGUGUGUUCUAAUAACAGACAAAUGCCCAACAUAAGAGGCUAUCGCUUGUGUCAUUGCAGCAGCAACAGCAAAAAAAAGAGACCAAUCAACAUUUAAACAAAAAUUUCAAGUAAAAUAACUCAAGAGGCUGCUGGUGGGGGCUCCUUCCUUUUUCACAAGCUCAAACCUGCCUCGGUUUCUCCUUUCCCGCCCCCUGCCAACGGCACAAAAAAUUGUUUGGGUAAAUCGGCCUCCGGAGGUGCUUUACUGUGCCCGCUGGGAGCCUUUUGACUGCCGAUUCUUCUGGGGUCUCCAUGGAAACGGCAACAGGCAGGCGGACCCCGUCACGUGACAGCCCCCCCCCACCGCCAAGCAUCAGUGCCGAAAAUGCCCAGAUGGCAAAGGGAUUGCCUUUGCCCUCUCAAGUCUGGGUGGCUGUUGCCAGGCAACUGGCCUCUGGGCUUAUUUGUUCAACGGCAACAUAUACAAUCUGGGCUCAGGCAGCAGAAGCUGAAAGCAGACUCAAGAAUGUCACCUUCCUCCAACACCUCCUGCCGUCCUUCCCGCCCACCACCCACCUGCAUUCCCAGUUCAGCACCUGAUUGCUUAAACUGCAAGGUUCGGAAGAACUUGGGGAAUUCUGCUUUGGCGUGGUGUUUUGCAUGUGGGCAUUCCCUGUGGAAUUUCGCCUUUGGAGAAUCUUCAGGCUUUCAUUUAAAACAGGGAUGGGGGAGCCCUUUUUGUUCCAGCCCAGGGGCCAUAUUCCCUUCUGGGCAACUUUCUGGGGGCCACAUUCCAAUGGUAGGUGGGGCCAGAGGCAAAAGUGGGUGGAGCAAUGGGUGUGAUUUAUUUAUUUUAUUACUGUUGUACAGCGGGCUGGUUUCUACACACACAGAGAGACACACACUCCUCUAGCCAAGCAUGGAAGAGGCAUGUUCAGGGUAUAAGGACACAUUCCAGCCAGGCAAGAACACCAAAAGAGGGUACAAACAGGGCCUAUGUGAGGUGUGCCCGGAGUGUCUUGAGAAUCUUAGAGGGCCCCUGGACUUCGGGUUCCCCAUCCUUGAUGGCUUCUGGGAAUCCCAGUAUCAGAACUCGAAAGGCAACAGCCCUUUUCUCUUAUUCAAUCCCAUCCCCUGGACCUGGAGGCUCCAUUUAGCUAUUUAUACUGUACCGUGCUGCAUACAGUAACUGUGGCGCCACCCCCACUAUGAGCAGAAGCAAAAAGAAAUUUCACAAUGUUUGCAAAGUGAGAUAUAAGCGGUCAUAGCUUUUCUGACUUGGGGCUCAGCUUUUUUUGGAAUCUUUGAGGCCUGGGACCAAGCUUUUUCCUCUGCCUCUGCAAAUGGGCCAGGUGAAACACGAAGAAAUGUGGCCCUGGUGCCGAAAAAGCUUCCCCACCCACCGAUUUGGAGCACCUGCUGUUCAAAAUCCAGCAAAGAAGCCGUUCCCGUGUGUUGGCAUCUUGACAUGCCAACCCCCAGUCACUUCCACAGGAAGCUGCCAUCAGACCGUGUUGGAGCCUUAGCUCCUUUAGCUCAAGAUUGUCUAUACCAGGGGUAGGCAACCUAAGGCCCGGGGCCCGGAUCCGGCCCAAUCGCCUUCUCAAUCCAGCCUGCGGAUGAUCCAGGAAUCAGAAUGUUUUUACAUGAGUAGAAUGUGUCCUUCUAUUUAAAAUGCAUCUCUGGGUUAUUUGUGGGGCAUAGGAAUUGGUUCAUUUUUAUAUAUUUUUCAAAAUACAGUCCGGCCCCCCACAAAGUCUGAGGGACAGUGAACCGGCCCAUGGCUGAAAAAGGUUGCUGACCCCUGGUCUACACAGUGACUGGCAAGGGCUUUCUGGGGUUUCAGUCAGGGGAGAAGCUGGUGGUUGCACCUGGGAGCUUCUGUCACCCUCCAAAGUGGGCCAGAGAAAGAGCAGGGUCAUGGGAACAUAGGGAGCUGCCUUCUACUGAGGGAUAAUCAUAAUCGUCUACCUUGCCUGGCAGCAGCUGUCCCAAAAAUUCACGCAGGAGGGAAUCUUUCCCAUCCCUCCCAGAAGAUGCCUUUGAUUGAACCUGGCACCUUCGGCAUGCAAAGCAGGUGCUGUACCCACAGAGCUACAGUCGCACUUGGUUGUUUGAUGCAUUGUGUGUGCUUCCCCCCACCCUCCCAACACUGCAGGCCAAUCACGCGGAAGAGCACGUGGGACAAUAUUACACGCUCCCCCUCCAGGAGGUGAAGAAGGUGUUUCCUCACGGACUCCCAGCACGCUUCAAGUUACAGGUGAUGUGUCUUCCUUGCAGGCCUAAAAGUGGAGGGGAGAGCUGCAAGGCGGGAUGGGACAAAAAUAUUGGGUCCCCGUCUGAAUUAAAGUCCUCUUUCUCUGCCUUGAAUGAAGCUGUACGCAGCUCUUCUCUGUCUCAGCAAUAAUAAUAAAUAAUUUUCUUAUUUGUACUCCACCCGUUGCCCCAGCCACUCUGGGCAGCUUCCAACAAAAUACAAAAACACAGUGAGGCAUCUCACUGCUUCGUUGUUGUUGUUUUGUUCACGACAGAUUAAAACCUUUGGCGAGGCCUGUUUCAUGGUGAGGGAACCCGCUCUCGAACUCCUCAGCUGCUUAAAACGAACCAACUUUGCUCAUCCAGCCAUUCGAUAUGUCAUCUGUAUCCUAUGAAUCAGGGCAGCACUCGUUCUCCUGAGACCACCCUGCAGUUAGGCAUUCUGGUAACAGGCAAGUUCUUGUCCUCAUGAAACAGAGUGUGAGCAGAGUGCCUGAUCAAUUCAUUUAAGCAAGAGAAAACAGGGAUGAGAAGACCGUCAGGGAAAAGAGGCUCAAGCGGCCUUGGUUGGCAAGGGGGAGACCUAGGCAUUUGGGGAAAGGCACAGCCAAGGAUUUGGACCCUAAUCUCCCUCGCUUUGUGUCUCCUUUGCACAUUUACCCAGUCUCCACCUUCAUUCAUGAGGACUAGAAACUUCCCUAAGAAUUAGGAGCGUGAAGCUUUUCAUCCCAGGGGCCGCAUUCCUGCCUGGACAACCUUCCAGGAGCCGCAUGCUUGUAGUGGGCGGAGCAACAAAUGUAAAUUUUACCUACGUACUGUAGCCUGCUUUCUACGUACCCUCUCAAACCCCUUUGUCUUCCGUCCUGGCAAAGCAAAGAAGUGUGAUCAGAAUUCGCAGACAUUUUGCCAUGCAUAAACGUUCAAAGGACAGUGGGAAGCGGGGCUUGUGAGCAGUGUGGCCUAGGUGGAGGGGGUGUGGUCUGAGGAGAAUCCCACAGGCCAGACAGAGACACCUGGAGGGCUGCAUUUGACCCUUGGGCCUGUGAUACCCCACCCUGUUUUUGUUUUUAAAGGCAAAAUUCCUUCUCGACUUGUGUUUGUGUUGCUGUUUGUACCUCUGGUCGUUCAUUGCCCAACAGGGCAACCCUUAAUUCUUACUUGAGUCACAAAGCAGUGGCGGGUAUUAGGGCGGGUGCAUGGAUACACAUGUUCUCCUUAGCAGCUUUUAUUUGAAGACGGCGAAAAGACCACGGGGAAGACCAUGGCCCUCUGCCACGCCAUCCAUUACUGUGCGAGGCAGGACUGGCUCAUCCUGCACAUUCCAGAUGGUAAGGACCAAGGGGUCUUCUUCUUUGUGCCUGCCGGUCUGUAUCCUGGCCUUCAGCCAGAGUCUCUAACAAGCAUCAUUGAAGCUGCAUCACACUUAGCAUUUGUGUGUUUCCCAGUGCCUCUCUCCAUCCCCGCUGCCUCGAUUCCAACCCCACACUUUUCUAAUGAGUGUUCUUAACGUUGUCCUUUUGUCACAGGUUGCCACGGAAGGCCUGCUGUGAGGCACAAAUGGCAGCGUAUAAAUAUUUUGAAAGGGGGCUUUUUGGUUCAGAUUGUAAGGGGAAGAGCUGCUGCUCAGUGGGGAAACAACUGCUUUGCAUGCUGAAUGUCCCAGGUUAAGUCCCCGGUGGCAUCUCCAGGUGGGGUUGGGAGUAUCCCCUGCCUAGAACCCUGGAGAGCUGCUGCCAGUCAGUGCAUGUAAUGCUGAGCUAGAUGGACCCAGUGGCAGAACGCAGCUUCCUUGUUAAAUCAGCCCUUCACUCAGAACCAUGAGGACUGGACUGUUACUUUAUCUUGACGGGGAGGGCCAUAGCUCAGGGGCAGAGCAUCUGCUUUGCACGCCAGAGGUCGCAGGUUCAAUCCCCGGCAUCUCCAGUAAGGGCUGGGAGAGACUUCCUGCCUUUCCACCCCUGUCUGACACACAUAUCCCAACCCAUUAAGGAGCAUUUAUUAGAUGCAGUUAAAGUGGUAUAAAAAAUAGGGAUGCGUCAUAACUCAUCUGUUAGCCGCUGCAAGAACAACCAUUCCCAGGACAUGGAAACCAUUGCAAUUAUUUACCAUGGAUCAAUGGUAUAUGGUGCAAUUUGGCAAACUGCAUUGUUGGCAGAAAAAUCAAAAGAAACACAAUUUGGUGUAACUUUAUUAAUUAUAUGAAUAAUGAGGCAUAUGGCAGAACAGUACCCAUGGUUUAUAGCACAAUUUGGUGUGAAUGAAGCAUAUAUUUUAAUUUUCCCUUUUAUCCCUAUAAAUUCCUAUAAAGCCCCAUAAAAUAAAUGGUCACUGAAGGAAAAUAAUGAUCAACAAUCUAAGUAUAUACGUUGUUAUUAUUAUUAUAGUUCAUUUCACAUCUGUAAUUAAUUAUGAUGUAUAUUCUUUGACUCAACUUUGUCAGUAUAUUCAGAGCCAUUUAUUUGAGUAUGUACUGCUGUUUUAUUCUGACUCUCAUUUUAUGUAACUGUUGUAUUUCUUACGUCUAAAUGAAAUGAAAUAAAAUUUAAAAAUAAAAAUAAAACAGGAACGGGGAGCCUCUGAUCCUCACACUGUUGUUGGUCUCCAUCUCCCAUCAGCCCCAACCAACAUGGCCAAUGAUCAAGGGUGAUGGGAGUUGUAGUCCAGUGUUACCCCUGAAGGGGCCACAGGUUCCCCCAUCCCUGCCUUAAGGUUCCUGGCUGAAGCUGUGAAACCAGUGCUGUUGUUCAGACUGUAAAAUGAGCAUAGCACACGCUUGCUGCCCAUGACCCUGCCUCUUCCUCUUCACGCUACAGCUCACCUCUGGGUAAAGAAUUGCAAAGAACUGCUGCCCUCUUCCUACAACAAGGACCGCCUUGACCAGCCUCUGGAAGCCACGACUUGGCUGAAGAACUUCAAAAUCACCAACGAGCGCCUAUUGAAAGAGGUCAGUGGCAAUGAUGGCUGGUGCGGUCGGCAGGGACGUACUUAGGGGUUGGCUAGGUUGUUGCUUCUGUCCAGUUCUGAAUGUCUUGAUAAACUCCUGAGCUCCUGUAUUGUGGCUCCUGCACUCUGUGUCUGCAGCCAAGCCUGUACCGUUACUUGGCUGAAUAAAAGAUCUCUUUCUUACCCACACGCAAAAGCCUCCGUCUGCAUGUGCUGGGCAGGAAUCAGGAUCCUGCCCACUUGCAUGCCUGUCCCAGAAAAAAAGUUGUUAUCUUUUGUCACAAUAUAGUGGGUGUUCAAACAGGAUAUAGUCCUUUCCUUGUUAUCUGGCGGAUAUGAGUACAGUGGGACCUCAGGUUAUGAACUUAAUUUGUUCCGGAGGUCCGUUCUUAACCCGAAACUGUUCUUUUUUUUUUUUUUUAAUGAUAUUUAUUAAAGUUUCACAAAGAAAGAAUCACAUCAACAAAAAAAGAAAAUUCAAGAAUAAAAGGAAAAAUACACAAUGCAAAAUACAAAAAGAAAAAAGAAAAAACAGUUAAAAACAAUUCCUCUUUCAUCACUACUUUUACAUUUACUUGUUCCCGGACCUCCUCAUACCUCCUCUUUUGUAUUCCAAUUCAGUUUGUUAGUCCAGCAAUUCCUUUCCUCCUUUUAAUCCCAAUCCUUAAUCUUAAUAUAGUAUAACAUUAAAUUUUUACCUAUUAAAAACCAAUUUUUCCAUUCUUUUAACCUUUUUAAUCCUAAUCCUUAAUCUUGGUAUAUUUAUAACUUUAAAGCCUGUACAGCUAGAAGCCACUUAGUUUCAAUCCAACAUCACUCUAACAUUCAUUAAUUUUGCAAUAUUUCUGUAAAUAAUCUUUGAAUUUCUUCCAAUCUUCUUCCACCGACUCUUCUCCCUGGUCACGGAUUCUGCCAGUCAUUUCUGCCAAUUCCAUGUAGUCCAUCAUUUUCAACCGAAACUGUUCUUAACCUGAGGCUCGCUUUCGCUAAUGGGGCCUCCUGCUGCCGCCAUGCCAUUGGUGCACGAUUUCUGUUCUCAUCCUGGGGCAAAGUUCGCAACCCGAGGUACUGCUUGGGUUAGCGGAGUUUGUAACCCAAAGUGUUUGUAACCCAAAGCAUUUGUAACCCCAGGUACCACUGUACGUAGCCUAUCGAGUUUCACUAUUUGUCAUGGCAGUGAAGACAAUCUGAGCGAGAAUCUUGAACCAGACAACCGCGGCAUGCAAAGGCAGCUCUUUAAUCUGAGCAAGCGGAAUCUCAGGGUAACCCCAGGAAGUGUUAAGGUUUAUUGGCUUAUAGCCACAAUAGCCUUACCCUCCAUGAAUUUGUCUAAUCCUAUAAGAAAAGAAGAGCCUACUGGAUCUGGCUAAAGGCCCAUCCAGUCCGGCACCCUGUUCUCACAGCAGAUAACCAGAUGCCCCAGUGGGAAGUCUACAGGUAGGAACCCAUUGCAACAGCAACUCUCUCCACUUGGGAUUCCCAGCAGCUGGUAUUCAAAGGCACAGCACUACAAGUGGAACAUAGCCAUGAGGACUAGUAGCCAUUGAGAGCCUUAUUAUACAAUGGCACCUUCAUUGUAUAGCUUCCAAUGAACGCUAAAAACACCUCUUUACCCUGGCUUUUGACACUUUAGGUGUAUUAUUAUUAACGGACGCUGAGGUCCAGCACUGAGGGCCUUCUGGCGGUUCCCUCACUGCAAGAAGCAAAGUUGCAGGGAACCUGGCACAGGGCCUUCUCGGUAGUGGCACCUGCCCUGUGGAACGCCCUCCCAUCAGAUGUGAAGGAAAUAAGCAGCUAUCCUAUCUUUAAAAGACAUCUGAAGGCAGCCCUGUUUAGGGAAGUUUUUAAUACUUAAUGCUGUAUUGUUUUUAACACUCGAUUGGAAGCCGCCCAGAGUGGCUGGGGUAUAAAUAAUAAAUUAUUAUUAUUAUUAUUAUUAUUAUUAUUAUUGACUAUCCUCUGUGAAUUUGUCUAAUCCUUUUUUAAAGCCAUCCAAUUUAGUGGCUACCGUCGCUGCCUCUCGUGGGAGCAACAUUCCCUUCUUAACCUAUGUCACCUUUGCACACUGCAGAUCAAAACGCAGCAGAAGUAUAUGUGGGGCAAACGAGACAGCACCGAGGAAGGCCGGCCCCUAAUAGAAGUGGUGGAGCAGGUGAGGAAACGGACACUCUGCCCUAGAUCGCUGGGGAGUUGGACAGUGGGGCUAGGGUGUGGGGAGGAAGCAUGGUUUAAUAACAAGGGUGGGGAAACCUUCGGCCCCCAGGAGCCGAAUGAGGGCCUUCCAGGCAUCUGCAUCUGGCCACACCUGCUCUCUCCAGGCCACACCCCUCCAGGCUUUGCCCCCUCCUCAAGCGCUUUUGCCUGCCUGGAAUACAUCCUUGAGGUUCCCCAGUGCCCCAAUGGAGUAUAGGGAGGGAUGUGUGGAAAUGAAGCUACUGUGCAAAAUUAACAUUCCUGGCUCCACCCACUUUUGCCUCUGACCCCACCCACCUGUCCCCAAAAGGGAAUGCAGCCCUCAGGCUGAGAGAGGUUCCCGUCUCACACCCAAUCUAGUCCGUUGUCUGUGAGGAAGGAAGCUGCAGAGGGGGGAGAACUGGGGGCAGAUGGGUAUGGCAGUCGCAGCUGCUAGGCAGUGUGGCAUAGAGUGUCCGACUAGGGCCUGGGAGAUCAAGGUUCAAAUCCUCACUCAAGUCAGAAGUCACUGCGAGAAGCGAAGUUACAGGGAACCAGGCAGAGGGCCUUCUCGGUAGUGGCACCCGCCCUGUGGAACGCACUCCCAUCAAGGAAAUUAACAAAUAUCUGACGUUUAGAAGACAUCCAAAGGCAGCCCUGUUUAGGGAAGUUUUUAAUGACUGAUGUUUUCAUGUAUUUUUAAUCUUUUGUUGGAAGCCGCCUAGAGUGGCUUGGGAAACCCAGCCAGAUGGGUGGGGUAUAAAUAUUAUUGUUGUUGUUGUUAUCAUGAUGGGCUGCCUCUCAGCUUUACUUACCGUAUUUCACAGGGUUGUUGUGGAGAUUAAAUGAGGAGGGGGAGAACCAUGUAUGCCACACUGAGCUCCCUGGAGGAGGAAAAAAGUGAAAUAAAUGAACAGGAUGGGGCUGCAACCCCCAGGAUCUCACAUCUCUUUCUCUCCCUCCCCACUUUUUAGGGUUUAACUCGGGUGAAAAUCUCCAGCGACGUAGUAGGAGUGGUCUUCAAAGAGCUGAAGCAGCAAUGCCCAGAAGGGUCCUUCAGGCUGCUAGUGGCGGUGGAUGGGGUCAACGCCCUUUGGGGAAGCACAACGCUGAAGAAACAAGACAAGAGCAAUGUAUGACAUCUAAGCUGUGGAGGAGCGGCAGGGGUGGGGGAGGCUGCCUCAUAGCCUGUCUCCUAAAACAUGGGGGGAAAGGGGAAAGCUGAAAGGUACUCUUGGGUUUUCUGUCCAAUUCUCUGUUUUGCCCUUAGGUCUCCCCAGAGGAGCUGACGCUGGUCCACAACCUGAAGAAGAUGGUGACUAAUGACUGGGUGAGGAGGAGGCGGCUGGAGCUCCUUUCUUUUCUCAGUAGAAAUUCAAUGACUUGAUAAAGCUGUUUGGGAGAUGGUCCCAGACCAGCCAAGCUACAUAGACAGGGCUGUGGUUUGCAUGUAAUGCUAAACCAUGGUUUGCUUAAGCCAGGCAUGGGGAACCUCCAGCUCACUAACCAGAUUUGUGCCAUUGUCUGCCCCCGGGUUAGGAGCUGGUUAUAGAAGUGGGGUAGUGGUCACUGGGGCCAGGCAGAUGUCUGGAGAUAUAAAGCACUGCCUCUUGCCCAUUGCUUGCCUACCACAUAUCCACAUACGAGUCAUUUUGUUGACACAGGGACUAUUCCAGUUGACAAGCAGCUCUGUGUGAAUGCUUGGGGCUGGUUUUAUGGCGUUGAACAUAGUGUCACUGGUGCUUUGAGGAAAUCCAUCCAACGUAAGUUGGAUAUGUAUGGCCAAUAACCACGUAUAUGGGAGUUGCAUCUCAACAAGAUUAUUGAACUACAGUUCCCAUCAUCCCCAGGCAGCACAGCCAUCAGUCAGGGAUGAUGGGAGCUGUAGUCCAGCAACAUCUGGAGGGCCACAGGUUCCCUGUCCCUGAACUAGAGGGUCACACACGUUCCACAUCUCCAACCCUGCUUCUGUCACCAAGCUGAGUAACCCACAGUGGGAUCCUUGCCUCCAUGCAGCCGUUGAUGGAUAAAGGAAACUUUCCCAGAAGGAAUACUUUGCAUGGGUAGGUGGUUGGUUUGAUUGAUCUCUUAUCACAUUUCUAUGCCACUUUUCGUUCACAUGAAUCGCAAAGAAGUUUACAAACGAUGAAUAGCAAGAACAAUCACAAACACAACAUAAAUCAUACAGAAUAAUUAACAGAUCAUCGGUAGAACAAUUAUAACCUAUAAAAAAACACUAUUAACAACUGAAAAAAUAAGCUAAACAGCAAAAUGGCAACAAAAGGCAUAUAGGGUUCACCAAGUAGUGCAGCAUUUAUACAUAGCUGUCAACUUUCCCCUUUUUUAAAGGGACAUUCCCUUAUUCCGAAUAGGAUUCCUCGCAAGAAAAGGGAAAAGUUGACAGCUGUGCAUUUAUAAUGUGUAAAACGACAUUAACAACAUUAAUAAACUAGCAGCCAAAAAAUAAACUAAGCACUGUUGUAUUCAUACACUCUCCCCAUAACUCGAAAUCUUCCGCUUUACUUAGUUCAUUAAAAGGCACAUGCAAAUAAUGCCUGUAACUCUGAUCUGAAGGCUCCUAGGGCUGGAGGUGGAGCAGCACAGGUGAAACCAACCAGCUCAUGAUGGCAAACAGAGUCUCUCUCCCCUCACAGUUCUUCCUCUGGAAACAGCUCCCUCAUGAAGGCUCCUUGGGCUGGAGGGUGGGGCAAGGGAGGUGGAGGAAGCCAUUGCCUGAUGGCUAACAGAAAGUCUCUCCCCUCCCCAGAGGAGAACAGGAUUGCCUCUUCUGAUGUGCUGUUUUUUUCUCUUUGUGUGGUUUCUUUUUUAUAAAGACUGGUGGAGCCAUCGUGACAACCCUCAGCCAGACAGGCGCUCUGUUCCAACCCCGCAAAGCUUACAGGCCCCAAGAAUUGCUAGGAAAGGUGAGUCUGGCCCUGGGAUGCUGCCAGUUCUGAGUUGGCCAUGCUGGUGGGGGCUGAUGGGAGAUGGAGUCCAGCCACACCUGGAGCGGCACAGGUUCCUUAUCCCUGAUCUACAGCUUCAAAGCAGAAGCUGUAGUGCUUUUUACGUUCCGUACAGCGUCUAGAACAGGGAUGAAGACCCUGCGGAGCCCUCCAGGUGCUGUUGGACUCCACCUCCCAUGAGCCUCUGCCAGUAUGGCCAACGGUCAGGGAUGAUGGGAGCUGAAGUCCAGCAGCAUCCGAAGGCCCACAUGUCGUCGUCCCCCAAUCCCAUGCUUAGGGACCUUUUAUUGCUAUUCAAUUCUGUAUUCUGCCUCAUUUUGAUUUGAAGGGAUUCUCCCCAAACUCACCACCCCGCCAUGCCCCCAAGACUCUUGGAUAAGCGGAGGGAAACAGAACUGUCAGAUCUCAUAUGAUUAACCAUUUGCUCUUCCUCCUCUGCCCCUUUUGCCCCCACCCCAGGAGGGUUUUGAUGUCCUGGACCCCUUCAUCCCCAUCCAUGUUCUCAACUACAAUGACCGGGAGUUUGAGAGCUGCUACCAGUACUACCUAGAGCGCAAGUGGCUUCAGCAUGAAAAAGGUGAGUCACGGAAGGGAGAGCUAAGUGAAGUAUGGGAGGAUAGAGAGCAGGUUGUAUGGAAACUAUCCUGAAUAUUUUGGCAGAGGUGCAAUUUACAUUCCUUGUUCUGCCCACCUUUGCCUCUGGUCCAACCUGCCACCAGCAUGCGGAUCCCAAAAGGUUGCAGAGAAUAAUAAUAAUAAUAUUUUUUUAUUUAUACCCUGCCCUCCCCAGCCAAGGCCGGGCUCAGGGUGGCUAACAAGCAAUAAUAAAAAUAAGUUGAAUGACUACAACUUAAAAACAAAAUUAAAACACAACAUUAAAAUAUUGAAACAUUAAAAUAUUAAAAUGUAGCCUCAUCGCAGGAGGAGAAAGGAAAAGAAAAAAGAAAGAGGGGGAGGGAAACAAAGUGGCUCCAAGCCAAAGGCCAGGCGGAACAACUCUGUCUUACAGGCCCUGCGGAAAGAAAUCAGAUCCUGCAGGGCCCUGGUCUCAUGAGGCAGAGCGUUCCACCAGGCUGGAGCCAGUGUUGAAAAGGCCCUGUCUCUGGUUGAAGCUAAUCUAACUUCCUUAGGGCCCGGGACCACUAGGGUGUUGCUAUUUAUGGACCUUGAGGGUCUCCAUGGGGCAUACCGGGAGAGGCGGUCCCGUAGGUACGAGGGUCCUAGGCCAUGAAGGGAAUGUUUCCCUCAUUGUGGGGGGGGGGGAGAUUGUUCUAACUAGAUAAUGGGGCAGGGGGGAGGAGAUGAGGCAACAGAACUGGAAGUGUAGCUUCUGCAUGUCCUGCUUUCUUGGUUGUGUGUACAUAACAAGCUGCAACCAUUCUGACAUAAACUCUCUCCAUCCCCCUCCCCUUCUUCUUUUGCCUUUGAAAUCGAACUCUCUUCACACUGCCGCACCAGCCAGCACAGAUGAAGGCCGCAAGGAGCUUCGCUUUCUCAGUGGGCAGAACCCUGGACUGCUAGACCAAAUCAGCUCCUUCUUGUGACACUGUGUCCCUCCUCCCCACCCCCAUCCCAAAAACAUUGGCGUCACAGCGCAAGGAACUCCUUCCUGUUCAAUAAAAAACCAUACAGAAAGCCACUUUUGUUUUAUCAUGGUCUAUCUGUGUACACAUGUAUAGGGUUAGGAAAGGGGCAGGAGGUAUUUCUUGCU